AUGUCUCCAGCCGUAAUCGUCAUAUGCGCUCUCCACUUACAGAAGGUCCCAAAGAUCGACGCUAGAUUCGUGGGUCUUGGCAUCUUCGACCCAGCUUGCCCAGAAAAAAGCCCGAAUACGUUUAGUAAUGGCGCAAUUGCUAAUCUCUCGCUUGGUGAUCCCGAUUCGGUACAUUCUAUGCUACGCCUAUCGUUCCAGAAGGCGAUAGUUGGAGAGAAGAAUGGAUAUGGAAACCCCAAAGUUUCCUUUAUCAACCGACAGGUGGUACUUGACCUGAACUUUGUCACGAAACAUUGA